GAAUCUUGGAUGUUGGAGUAGCCACAGGCAAUCAGUGAUGUGGUAGCAGUUGGCAGAGUAGAAAAUUGAGCAGGAGGUAGGCAAGGGGAAAGGAGCGGGCAAUGGAGGCGGAGGCGGAGACGCUCCUGCCGCGGCCGGAGCCGCCGCUGUCCGCCGUGGACCACCUCGGCCGGCCCGCCUCCUGCGGCAGCUCCGGCGGGUGGCCCGCCGCGCUCUUCAUCAUCGGGGUGGAGGUCGCGGAGCGGUUCGCCUUCUGCGGCAUCAUGGGCAACCUGAUGAUCUACCUCACCGGCCCGCUCGGCCGGUCCACGGCGGCCGCAGCGUCGGCCGUCAACGCGUGGCUCGCCGCCGCCAUGCUGCUGCCGCUGCUCGGCUCCGCCGUCGCCGACUCCUGGCUCGGCCGCUACCGCACCGUCAUCUGCGCGUCCCUCCUCUACAUCCUGGGGCUAGCCAUGCUCACCCUGUCGACGGUGCUCGCGCCGGGAGAGCGACCAGGAUGCGCAGGCAAGGCGCCGGGCUCAGCCGGAUGCUCGACGAGCUCAUCGUCCGCGCAGGUGGCGCUCUUCUUCUUCUCCCUCUACCUGGUGGCGUUUGCCCAGGGCGGCCACAAGCCCUGCGUCCAGGCGUUCGGCGCCGACCAGUUCGACGAGAACGACCCCGGGGAGCUGGCCUCCAGGAGCUCCUUCUUCAACUGGUGGUACUUCGCCUCCUACGGCGGCAACACCAUCACCGUCUCCGUCCUCAACUACGUGCAGGAGAGCGUAAGCUGGCAGCUCGGCUUCGCCAUCCCCUGCACCGCCAUGGCCCUCGCUCUCGCCGUCUUCUGCCUCGGAACCAAGACCUACCGCUUCCAUCCGUUACCAAGUGCUAACAAAUUGCCCGAUGAUUCUGAGAAUUUGCUGGAGCCGCCGAGGGGGGAUCAUGGAGCCACCGGAUUGCUGAAGCUGUUCCCCAUAUGGGCAUCCUGCCUGAUCUACGCCGUUGUCCUCUCGCAGUGGUUCACUUUCUUCACCAAGCAGGCAAGCACACUGGACAGGAGGAUAGGCACCCUGGUGGUACCAGCUGCCUCGCUGCAGAACCUGGUAAACGCAUCGCUCAUGAUCUUCCUGCCGGUCUACGAGCGGGUCGUCGUUCCGCUUGCCAGGAAGCACACCAAGAACCCUUCCGGCAUCACGGCGCUGCAAAGGAUCGGCGUCGGGUUGGCGAUUUCGGUCGCCAUGAUGGUCGUUGCUGCUCUUGUGGAGACGAGGAGGCUCCGGGUGGCAAGGGACUACGGCCUGCUGGACAAACCUGAGGUCACCAUCCCCAUGAGCGUGCUGUGGAUGGUUCCGCAGUACCUGCUGAUCGGUCUGUCCGACGCGUUCGCCAUCGUCGGUUUGCAGGAGUUCUUCUACGACCAGGUGCCUGACGGUCUGCGCAGCUUGGGCCUGGCUCUGUUCCUGAGCAUAGCCGGAGCCGGGAACUUCAUCAGUAGCUUCGUCGUGUAUGCCAUUGACAGGGUGACCACUAGCGCCGGGGGAAGCUGGUUCUCCAACAACCUGAACCGAGGGCACCUCGAUUAUUUUUACUGGUUUCUCACCGUGCUCAGUGCUCUAGGCAUGUUUGCUUACAUGUACUUUGCGCGGGUGUAUGUGCCUAAGAAGAAGGGUGUUUUGGUGCAGUGAUUUUCUGCCCUAUAAUAACUGGCUACUAGUCUUGCAUUUUGGUGGCCUAUAAAUCA